AUGCGUACAAUAAAGCGAUGCAUAGCGAUUUACCCGCCGAUGCUUGAUAUAUUUGUGAACAUAGAAGAAAGUUUUCUUUUGGAGAAUGGAGUGGCUUUAGAUGCAAUAGUAAGCUAUUCAGAAAAAGAGCACCAUACGAUACAUGAUUAUGUUAUGAAAUCCAUAAAAACCAAAAACAACUCGUUCACAUUUAGAGCAGGGGGUGCCACGUUCAACACACAGAAAAUUCUUUCUAACUGGCUGCAGUGCUACUUUUUCGGAAUUAUUGGGUGCGAUGCAUACGGUGAGAUAAUAGAAGAGAAAAUGCAGAACACCAAAGUAAACAUAUAUCUCGACAAAAGAGACAAAUUUUCCACAAGCUGGGCAUAUGUGUUCAUUAACAACGACAAACGGGCAAACAUUGCACUGCAGGACAGCUCGGUAUGCUAUUCUGACAAGGCAAAGGCAGAAAUAGAGCGGCUAGUAGACGGAAACACUGUAUUUUACUUUGUUUCUUUUAUGUUUGUUCUUCCUAACAUAGUGAAAGACUACAUGGCAGUGCACAUUAACAAGGAAAAAAUUGGAUUCUGUGCAAUUAUUAACCUCUCUUCACAGGAGAUGGUAAGUCUGUUCCGAAGCGAAAUACUCGAAAUGAUACGCUUGUCCGACUUUAUUAUAGGAAACAAGUCAGAGUAUUAUGAGCUUUCUAAAACAGACAAUGAAGAGUCUCUCAUUGAGUGGCUAGACACACUCAAUGUUGCAUAUGCAAUUACCGAUGGAUCGGAGGAUGUUAUUGGAAAAAUUCCUAACGGCCCUCUUAGACGAGUGUCACCCAAGCCGGUCUCACACAAUGCCUUUACAAAUGGCGCUGGAGACUCCUUUGCUGCAGGUUUUAUUGGGGCACUAAAAAACAAGGAAUACAAAGAGAUAGUGGAUAUACUUCCUUUGCUGCAGAAUGGUGUGGAUGCAUCUUACCAGCACAUAACCAGCCGAGGAAGCGCAUAGACAAUGCUUUCCACCAUCUGCAGUGGCUUCUGCUCUAUUAAACGUAUUACUUCUACACUAAAGUAAAAGAAAUAAAAG